GCCCCGGAAGGGCCCCUGGAUCCCUGAAAUAGCUCCUGAUCAGGCCCUGGAUCCCUGGACCAGCCCCCGGAUCCCCGGAACAUCUCCCGGAUCCCGGAACAUCUCCCGGAUCCCGGGAACAUCUCCCGGAUCCCCGGAACAUCUCCCGGAUCCCGGAACAUCUCCCGGAUCCCGGGAACAGCUCCCGGAUCCCGGGAACAUCUCCCGACCAGCCCCUGCAUUCCCGGAUCCCGGCCCGGCGCUUUUCCCUCCAGCAGGAGAAUCCCAGGAUUUCCCAAUCCCGCUUUAAUCCCGAGCGGAGCCCGAGCCCAUCCCGGGAAUUCCGGCUGACGUUUUCCCUGGAUUUUGCUUUUUCCCUGGAUUUUUGGGGGCGUGGCCGGGGCCGAGACUUCCCCGUCCCGAGCCGGCGCUUCCUGAUCCUCCCUCGCCGCUGGAAUUCUCCCGGGAAGAUCCCGGUUUUCCCUCGCCAUGGAAUCCUCCCGGUCCGGAUCCUCCGCUGGAUUCUCCAGGCCGUCCUGAGGCCGCCAUGGCCACCAAGGUUCCGAUUUACCUGAAGAGGAGCGGCCGCAAGGGCAAGAAGGAGAAGCUUCGGGACAUCCUCUCCUCGGACAUGAUCAGCCCUCCGCUGGGCGACUUCCGCCACACCAUCCACGUGGGCAGCGGCGGCGAGAGCGACGCCUUCGGGGACAUUUCCUUCCUUCAGGGCAAGUUCCACCUGCUGCCCCGCGCCGCCGAGCCCGCGCCCUUCUCUUUCCCGCGCGCCGUCGAGGCGGCGCCAUCGCCGUCGCUCAAAAACGCCGUCUCUCUACCGGCGCUCGGCGGCGCCCGCGCCUUGACGCUGCCGGCGGCGCCGGCUCCGCCGAAACCCCCGCGGCUGCGGCCGGACGAGGCGCCGGCGGCUCCGGCGUGCGCGGCCGCCAACGGCGAGGCCGAGGCGGUGCCGUCGCAGGCGGGAUCGCUGCUGUCGCUGCACGUGGACCUGGGGCCCUCCAUCCUCGAGGACGUGCUGCAGGUGAUGGAGCGGCACCGCGCCGAGCGCGGCCGGCCGGAGAUCCCCACGUGAGGGCGGCUCCGCGUGCGAGCGGCGAGGAUGAGGACGGCGAGGAUGAGGAAGGUUCCGGGAGCUCGGCGGAUCCCGGCUCGGAUUCCCGCGUUUCCGACGGCGGGCGAGGGUUCGGCCUCUCCGAGCUCUCCCAGAGGGGAUGAAUUCCCGAGGAUCCCGGACGGGAGGACUUGGGGGGACGGCGGCGUUCCUUCUCCGCGGCGGCGGCGCCUCAGCUUCCGUUGGACCCUUUGGAAACCCCGCAAACGGGGAAAUUCCCGCCGGGAAAUCUCCGGCUCUCCGCGGAGAAGCCAAAACUCGGCGUGGAGGAGCUCGGGAUCCCGGUGGGAGCUUUAGGAACUCAAUCCAUGGAGGGGCCAAAAAUCCCCUCGGGGGGAAUCGGGGGCGAAGGGAGCGGGGCUGGGCUGGAAAUCACCAAAGGGACCCAAAAAAUCACCGAAGGGACCCAAAAAAUCACCAAAGGGACCCAAAAAAUCACCGAACGGACCCAAAAAAUCACCAAAGGGACCCAAAACCGACCCAAAUUCCCACGGAGAGGCACGGCUGGAUCCUGGCGCCGCGGCGGAUCCGUCGCGGAUCGGGGGUGGAAGGGGAAGGAGGGAAUGGCGAGGGGAAUUCCCGCUGGAUUUUAGGGAAUAUGGACAAAAUCCCCACUGGAAACGCCGCUGGUGCCGGGAGGAGCCGCCGGGACUCGGGGACGGGGUGGGGGCAGCGCUGAUCCAGGCUCUUUCCAAGAAUUCCAGCCGAUUCCUGGGAGCCCGGAGCUGCGGCCCCUCCUGACCCCACCUUCCCCUUCCUCGUUGCCUAACGAGUCUAAUUUAGAUUAUCUGCCUAAUGACUCAUUAGAUUCUCCUUAACGAACCCUUGUCCCGCCUCUUCCUUCCCCUCCCCCUCCACGUCCCAAACCACUUUUGGUGAAAACGCCCAGGAUUUGGGGAUAAAUCGAUUUCCCGAGGUUUUCAUCCGUAAAAUAAUUAACAAACCGAGGUUAAUUAGGCUCGAUCAGCCCCGGGUUUAAUUUCUCUUUGCUCCAACUCUUCCCUGCUCUAAACUCUUUUCUCCCCCCACGCUCUGUCCACUUUUGAUUUCUUUUGGGGUUUUUCCUCCCCAAACCAAUUCCAGCGCCGGGACGGAGCCGUUUCAGAGCCUCCUUUGUAAUUAAUUGUGAUUAAUUAACCCCAGGGACGAGGGACUUUGAUGGGAACGUGGCUCUGAGUCCCCUCCUGUCCCAGGAGCAGCCUGAAGGGAAACCAGCCCGGUUUGGCUCAUUUUGGGCGGCUUUUGGGGCGGUUUGGAGCGUUUCCAACAUGGGGUGGGUUGGGACAACAUGGAUGCACUUUUUUUUCCCUGGAGUUCACCCCAAUUUUCCUGGAUUUCACCCCAAUUUUCCUGGAUUUCACCCAAAUCAGUGAUUUAAAGACGGAGCUGUUUGUGCCCCGCCUCAGCCCGGGAAUUGCGAAACUGCAGGAUUUCGAAAUCACCCAAAUCAGCCAAAAUCCCGGUUUUUUCCCCCAGUUUUGUACCUUUUCUCCCCCAGUUUUAUCCCCUUCCACAAGCCAGGGCUGGAUUUCGGGGUGUUCCAGGUUUAAUUCGGGACUUUGGUCACUCGUUUCUCCCCUCACUCAUCCCCCUCAGCUCCAGUCCUGGAAAAACUCCUUUAAUUUGACAGAUUUUGGGGUGUUUUUACCAUGAAAAGAUGAUUUUCCUUUUCUCACCCCUCUCCUCCUUCCCCUCUUCCCUUCCUCCCGCACCGCUCAGACCUCACUCAAAAUUAUCCCCAAAAUUAUCAUUAUUAUCCCUGAAAUUACCCCCAAAAUGAUCCUAAAUAUCACUUUAUCCCUGAAAUGGUUUUUUCCCCAAUCCAAUCUGCAAAAAAACCCAAAAACCCAAAUUCCUUCAUUAAUUUUUAAUCAAUAAUAAAUAAUUUGGGAUCCCUUUCCACAGGACUGGAGCCUCCUUCACUUCUCCCCUAAUUAAUCCCUCCCCCAAUUAAUGAUUUACUCCCGAUUCCAGGAAUUUGAGUCAUCUGGAGCAGCCGUGGCUCGGCGCCCGCUCCCCUCCUUCCCCCUGUCCUUUUGGGGAGUUGAUUCCGGAAUCAAUCAAGGAUGGAAUCGUUAAUUAACCCCAGCAGGAGCUCCCUCCCCGGUUCCUCGUUAGCCCGGGAUUUCCGGGCAGUGGAUUAUCGCCGCCCACGCCAGCGGUCAGCGUUUGCGCGUCCGGCGUGGCCGGAGCCGUGGGAUGAGCGCC